AUGGCGCCGAACAGCUUCUCACUGUCGUCUCGACUUCCUCUACCGAAUGGCCUCUCCAUUCCUCAGAUCCACUUGGGUGUGUACCUGAUGUCAAACCGAGAAGCUUCGCAGGCAGUCAAAUGGGCCCUUGAAGCAGGAUAUCGCGGGGUCGACAGUGCUCAGAUGUACCGAAAUGAACGAGCCUGCGGCCAGGCCAUAUUAUCCUUCCUAAAUGACAAAGCCAGCAACACCGCUGGCUUGACACGAGAGGACAUCUUCUUCACCUCUAAACUGGCGUCAAACACAAGCUAUGACACUGCUCGUCGCUCAAUUAGACAAUCAGUGGAAGCAAGUGGCCUGGGUUACAUUGAUUUGUUCCUUCUUCACAGCCCAUAUGGAGGGAUGAGCGCUCGCCUCUCUAGUUGGAGAGCUAUCGAGGACGCCAUCCAGGACGGCGAGAUCAAGCUCGGAGGGGUCAGUAACUUUGGGAUCAAGCAUUUGGACGAGCUUGUUGCCUCCAAGCCACGCAUCAUGCCCUGUGUCAACCAGAUCGAAGUCCACCCAUUCAAUACCCGGAUAGAUAUUGUCGAAACAUGUCGCAAGUAUGGCAUCCUAAUCGAGGCCUACGCUCCUCUUGCGAGAGCUCUGCGCAUGGAGCACCCGACCAUUGUAUCACUCUCGAAGAAAUACAAAUGCACUCCUGCGCAACUGAUGGUCAGGUGGAGUCUUCAACACGGGUAUAUUCCACUGCCUAAAAGCGUAUCUCGAGACCGAAUCAGGUCAAAUGGUGAUGUUGGCCAUUUUGAGAUUUCCAACGAAGACAUGCAGACAAUGGACCGUUUAGACGAAUACUUAGUGACCGACUGGGAUCCCGUCGACGCGGACUAA